UGUACACAAUUUAAGCGUUGAAUAAAUCUCCCAAAUCCCGACCGCAUAACAUUGGAUGAGAAUCUCCUUUCAAGUCUGAUUCUCCCAUUUGAUUGGUUUAGUCACAGAGGGCUAGAAAAAUUAUUGGUCGUCGGGUGUCCCUUGCUGCACGGGCAAUGGGAGCUUUAAGCAGACAGGAGUUCUUUCAGGAACUGGGAUCAGGUUGCUUGCUUCCUACGGUCCAGCAGGGUCUAGAACAAGUAUGGCAACUGUUAGUCAUCUGCCUAGUGUGUCGGCUGUUGUGGAGAUUUGGUCUGCCCUCUUUCGUGAAACAUCUCAGUACGGUGGCCGGUGGCUUUUACACACUAUACUUGUUCUUUGAGCUACACAUGGUUUGGGUGGUGCUCCUCAGCCUCCUUUGCUACCUCAUCCUCUUCCUGUGUCGUCAUUCCAGCAGCCGUGGUCCCUUCCUGUCCAUUACUAUCCUCAUCUACCUGCUGUUAGGAGAGUUACAUAUGAUGGAUACCACUACCUGGCAUAAAAUGCGAGGUUCCCAGAUGGUAGUGGCCAUGAAGGCGGUUUCUCUUGCCUUUGACUUAGACAAGGGCACAGUGGAGAAAGUUCCCUCUCCAGUGGAGUUCAUGGGAUACAUUUACUUUGUGGGUACAGUCAUCUUCGGUCCGUGGAUCAGCUUCAACAGCUAUUUAGACGCAGUGGAGAGUCGAAAACUUAGCAUCUCCUGGUUUGUGAAGUCAGUUUGCAGCUGUGUGUGGAGUCAACUCUGUUUGGUCAUCUCUAAUUGUAUUGCACCCUAUCUCUUUCCCUAUUUCAUUCCAGUCUUUGGAGACAAGCUGCUCCGCAACAAGAAGAGGCGAAAGAUGAGAGGCACUAUAACAAGGUGGCUACAGGCCUAUGAGAACACCCUGUCCUUUCAUUUCAGUAAUUACUUUGUGAGUUACCUGGGUGAGACAACCACCACACUGUCAGGUGCGGGUUUCACAGAGGAGAAGGACAACCUUAAAUGGGACUUGACAAUAGCAAAGCCAAUGAAUGUUGAGUUUCCUCGGUCAAUGGUAGAGGUUGUCACUUCCUGGAAUUUGCCCAUGUCCCGUUGGCUCAACACAUAUGUGUUUAAGAAGUCUCUCAGAUAUGGAUCCUUUACAGCUAUCAUCUUGACAUACACAGCGAGCGCUCUGCUUCAUGGUCUAAGCUUUCAUAUUGGGGCUGUAUUAUUUACUCUUGGCUUUAUAACAUACAUUGAACAUGUACUUAGGAAAAGGUUGUCAGUUCUUUUAAAUGCCUGUGUCCUGUCCAAGAAGUGUCCAACUGACUGCAAACAUCGAAAUAAAAAGGCCUUGUGGGUAUAUUUAAUAAAUGGGACAUUUAGCAUGUUAGCAGUGCUACACUUAACAUACCUGGGAUCUAUUUUCGGCUCCAGCACAGAUGACACAGACUAUGAUGAGGACAGUAUGGCCAGUCACACCAUUCAGAAAUGGACUCAGCUCAGCUGGACAACCCACUGGUUGACCUUUGGGCUUUGGGUCCUGUAUCGCCUUAUUCUUUAAACUUUGAAGCCCUCAUAGACAUGGAGAGAUUGGGAGAAGAUAGCAAUAAACUAUAUCAAAUGGGCCAUUUAUUACAUCACUGUGAACUCUUAAUGAACUCGACUGUGGAACAGAGUACUCAGAAAUCUGGAAAAAAUAUUUUUUAUGUAAUAUCGAUCCAUAUAGCUGGUUCGGCCAUAGCACAGCCCAGGAACUACCAGUUUUCUACAGUACACAGGAGCAUUAUGAUUUUUUACAAACCACAGCACUCCUCAAUAAGUCGAUGUAUAUAUUUAUAGCCAUCAUUAAUAAAUGUAUCAAUACUUUGUUAUGACCAACAAAUAAAGCUUAGGCGUUGUUUUUUCUUUUGUUGAUAGAUUUAGGAUAUUUAUAUAAACUUUUAUUUAUAAGGAAAAUAUGUACUUGUAUUUUUAUCCAGCUCUGUGAACGUUUUUCUUCAUGUGGGCAAAAGUAAAUAUUUUAAGUUUUUUUUUUUCAGAGAGCUAUAAUAAAUGCGUAUACAACAUGCAUCAAUUUCGACCAGUACUCCUGAAUUCUAUGCAAUAAGAAAAAGAUAGACUUAUUUAAAACUAAUUUAAAGCCAUUUUUCUAAAUCGCAAUGACUAGUUCUGCUAGUUUAGUUCUGCUGUUGAUGAACAAAAAAUUCUGGAGUAGUGGUUGAUAAAUUAGUUCAGUCUGGCUUAGCUUUUGCUUUUUUAAUUUUAUCCCAGAUGGAAAAUCUACUUCUGUUGCUUUUUCACUAAAGCCCAUAUCACGCUGCGAUUCACAAUCAAAUUACUCCCAUAACUGAGUCUGUUGUCAUGAAAGACAGACAUGUCAAAUGCCUUUUAAUGACCAUACAUACUUAUAGGGUUCGGGUUAAACAUAGCAGUAUUACUAAUUUCAUUAGUCGAUUUCUUUUGUAAUGUAAAUUAUAAUUCACAUAUUCCUGCACAGAAUUUGGUAUGAAGGACAAUGUUUUUGUUUUAUGUGUAUUUAUUUUUUCUUCUAUUAAUUACAUUUGGUAUCACUUACAGAAAAAAAGAUGUUUUUCACAUGAGUUUUAUAUGAGAAUUUACUUGGGAUAUACUUAAUUUGACCUGCCAAACAAAACAACAAUAAUAUGUGAUAAUUUGUAAAAGACCUAUGUAACAUUUAUUGUGUUCAAACAUUUACAACAAUAUUCAUGCUAUUAUGUAUUGGAGGCCUACAUUAGUAUUAAACAGUAAAUAAAGCAUUCAAAGUUUUUAAAUGCGUUGUGUAUGU